UUAUCUGUUGUAACUAUAUAAAGUGAUAAAAGUACUGAUAGCAGAACAAGAGAGAGAUCAAAUUUAUAACCGAAUUGAUAACCGUUGACCUCCGUUGAUGAGCAAGCAAACUGCGACCGAUUUAUUACACAAUUGCAUACUUUUAUUAUUCAAUACAAAACAAUAAGCUGAUCAAUUAAUACACGAAUUCCGCAUAACCCCAGUUGCGCUGCGACACUCCAUUAGUUUUUAUAGAACUCGGUGAUUACAACUUCGAUAUCAAAAAUGGAAGCUGAAAAGUUCGAUUUUGACGAUGUUUCUUCCGGAUAUCGCUCUGCUCUCAGCACCCGUUAUGCUAGUAAGGAAAUGCAAUACCUGUUCAGUGAUCAAAAAAAAUUUUCUACAUGGAGGAAGUUAUGGAUUAAUUUAGCAAAGGCUGAAAAAGAAUUAGGACUUAAUGUAUCGGAAGAACAAAUUGUUGAAAUGUCUGAAAAUAUUCACAAUAUAGACUUCAAAGAAGCUUCAGCGGAAGAGGCCUUAACACGGCAUGAUGUUAUGGCACAUGUACAUGUCUUUGCUAAACUGUGCCCUAAAGCAGCACCAAUUAUACACCUAGGAGCGACGUCAUGCUUCGUGGGGGAUAAUACAGAUUUAAUCAUAAUUAAGGAAGGACUGAAUUUGUUGUUGCCAAAAUUAGCUACAGUGAUAAGAAAUUUGGCAAAAUUUGCUGAUGAAUACAAGUCUACACCGACACUUGGAUUCACACAUCUGCAGCCAGCUCAACUGACAACAGUAGGAAAGAGAGCUUCUAUGUGGCUAUAUGAUUUCUUAAUGGAUGAAAGGUCACUACGGGAAGCAAAAAAUAAUCUAAGAUUUCGUGGUGCUAAAGGAACAACAGGAACCCAAGCAUCUUUUCUUCAGUUGUUCAAUGGAGAUUCAAAAAAGGUGAAAGAACUCGACAAAUUAGUUGCACAGUUAUCUGGUUUUGACAAGACAUAUCCAGUUAUCGGCCAAACUUAUAGUAGAAAGGUUGAUAUUGAAGUAGUGAAUGUUUUAUCUUCUCUGGGGUCUUCAGCACAUAAGAUGUGUAGCGAUAUUAGAAUAUUGGCCAACAUGAAAGAAAUGGAAGAACCUUUUGAAAAAAGCCAAAUUGGAAGUUCUGCAAUGCCUUAUAAGAGAAACCCUAUGCGUUCAGAAAGAUGUUGUGCAUUAGCAAGACAUCUUAUGACACUAUCUUCAAACGCUCUCCAUACACAUGCUGUGCAAUGGCUAGAGAGAACUCUAGAUGAUUCUGCCAACAGGAGGCUUACUUUAUCUGAAGCAUUUUUAACUGCUGAUGCAGUUCUCAUGGUCCUCUCUAACAUAACACAAGGAUUAGUUGUAUACCCUAAGGUAAUUGAAAAAAGAAUAUCCCAAGAAUUACCAUUCAUGUCAACAGAAAAUAUCAUAAUGGAAAUGGUAAAGAGAGGUGCAGAUAGACAGGUCUGCCAUGAGAAAAUUCGAAUAUUAUCCCAGGAGGCAGGGUUAGAAGUGAAAAAAUUUGGCAAAGAUAACGAUUUUCUAGACCGAGUUCGAGGUGAUCCUUAUUUUUCACCAAUCUUGAAAGAUUUGGAUAAUAUUCUGGAUCCUAAAACUUAUAUUGGUAGAUCUGAGGAGCAAGUAACUGAAUUUCUUUCUGAUGAAGUUGAACCUAUAGUUGCCAUGUAUACUUUGAAAGAUUCUGAAGUUAAGCUCUGUAUAUAAGAAAUUUGAAUAUCAAGAUAGUAUGAGUAUUUGUUAUGAUCUGUAAAUAAAUGUUUUGAAAAGCA